AUGAUGGCGGUAAUGUGGUCAAUGACAACUCUUGCCAUGUUGCUUGUUAUUGCUCGUUUAUGUGUCCGACAGCGGAUGUUACGCAAUUUCGGGUUCGAUGACUGGUUGAUCGGAGCAUCUAUGAUUUUCGGUCUAAUUUUUGUUGCGACAGCGACAGUCUCAGUGACUUAUGGAUAUGGUCAACAUAAGACCAACCUUGAAUCUAGGUCCGCUGAGCUCGCCCUCAUGUGGAACAUGAUCUCGUUCAUUUUCGGAAUUAUAUCCUUCGCAAUACCGAAGCUCGCGGUUGCCGCAUUGCUCCACCGAAUUCUGAACCCGAACCUCGUCCAACGCCUUAUAGUGUGGGGUCUUGUCAGCCUGGUUGCUAUCAUUGCCCUUGUCAACAUCCUGAUAUAUGUUACCAUGUGCAAUCCACCACAGGCACUUUGGAAGAGCUCAAUGAUAUUGAACGGGGAGGCAACGUGUAGGGAUAUUUGGAUUCUUAUAAAUUAUGCUACAUUCAAUGGAGCUUUCUCUGCAUUUGUUGACCUUUUCCUCGCAAUUUACCCCGGAAUCGUUCUGUUCAAACUUCAAAUGUCAUUGUGCAAAAAGAUUGCAUUGACGGCUGCGCUUGGUCUGGGUGCAAUUGUUGAAGCCAACGUCGUUGUCAUUGCCGCCUGUAUACCAACAUUACAACCGAUUCUUGAAAUUAUUUUGAGAAGACUGAAACUCGUCUCGACAUCUAAGGGUCACUCCAAGCCAUCAUCUUAUGCACAGCACAAGGUAUACGACAAUCAAUCCGCUUCCCGGGCGCACGUGUCAAAAAAAGAGAGCACAACUCCAUUGCGCAAAAAAGAGAGCCAGGAAACCAUCCUGAAUGACCUAGAGCAAUACCAAAUUCGGCGUACGGAUGAGGUUUGUGUUGAAUAUGAGAUGCAGCAACCGAAAUAG